AUGUCGGGGGCUUGCUUUCGGUUGCCUGAUGUGCUCCUCCGCACCCGCGCGUUGAUGCAUCCACGUCGCGCGUCCUCUCGUCGACCUCUUUGCCUAUAUACCACACAGAUCAUCACCGGCCGAUGCACCCGCCGACCUCUCUUCUCCAUCAUACCACGCACUAACACCGAUCGACACACGCCGAGGCGCAAAAAGGAUUCCAUGAUCGCUAUUGCCGGCGCUGUGGUCGCCGGUGUGGCAGCCGCGGCCACGGCGGGGAUUCUUGCCUUGGCGUCGUCGCGCGGCGACCGGCCCGAGGAUGCCACGAGCGCCGUGGCGGCGGCGGCUGUGCCCCAGGAGUGCGCGGUGUGCCUGUCGGAGCUGGUCGGAGCGGCGGAAUUCUCCGGCGACUCUGAGCCAUCGGCGGUGCCGGUACGCGUGCUGCCGGGCUGUGGGCACUGGUUCCACGACGAGUGCAUCGGCAAGUGGCUGCUGCUGCGCCCAGAGUGCCCGCUGUGCCGCUGCCCCGUGGUCACCGCGGACAGUCGGCUAGGCAGGAAGGCCGUGGUGCCUGCCGUGCCGCUGGCGGAGGCCGCGCCUGCCUUGUCGCGGCCGGCUAGGAUCGCGUGCGGCUUCGGCGACGGGAGGGUCCUGUGGACGCGUAGCCCACCCGUGGCAUUGUAA